AGGUCUGGCUACUUUGGCUCAAGGCCAAACCGAACCUCCAUGCUGGCCCAUGCUCAGCGCAUGAUGGGAGAUGGCUUUGAGGUCGUUCUGCCUGAUUUUGCUGCAAGCUGUGGCAGAAGAGAGUGCAUACACUGAUAUGCAUGUGUACGACGCGGCGGUUUCGAUACUUCAAGUAUAUGUGGACCUUGAGCAAAUAAACUCCACUUUGCCAACGGCUGCGUGGUUCGCGCAGUAUGAAGGUCUGACAAGGCAUUUUGCAAACCCUGCAGUCCUAUUUGACAGGUUAGGCUUUGGAGAGCAAUCACCAGCAAAGAAAGCAGCCUCCUCAUUUGCCUUGAAAAUGGGUAAUCAGAUCAGCAAGGUCAUUGUCUGUAUAGUUCUGGCUGCACUGGGGAUCACUGUCGCUUUGCUGCUCUCGCUGGGCUUGCCACAGAAGCAGCCCAGGCAAGUCAAUCACACUCUGCCCAGAGGUGUUUUUCCUCUUCUGGUGAUGAUGGUUGGCAUGGUGUAUUGCAGCACCGAGAUUUAUGUGCCGAGCCUGCCACAGAUGGAACUUGAUUUGGGUGGCGACCAGUCACUGAUGAGCGGCACUGUGCAGGUGAACCUCCUCAUGAAGGCGGUUGGGUGCUUCGUCAUCGCGCCGCUCUCCGAUCGCGUGGGGCGCCGGCCCUGUGUGCUGGCCUGCCUGUCCCUGGCUUUCCUGACUUCGGUGGCCUGCAUGCUGACCUCAGACAUCAUCUGGUGCCUUACAGCGCGGGCUCUGCAGGGGCUGAGUGAAGCCGUGGAGUGCCUGUGUUUUGCGAUCAUCAGAGACUGGUGCGAUGAUGCGGACGAGCGCUUCCGAGUGUAUGCGGCGCUUUGGAUCGCGACGAUCUUUUUCAACAUGGCUUCGCCUUUGCUCGGGGGCAUGCUUGCAAUCUUUUCUAGCUGGAGAGUCGCGUUCCUGUUGUUGGCGCUUUCUUGGGGUAGCCUGCUGAACCUUGCGUACGUCAUUUUGCCUGAAAGCGCUCCAGCGCAGAGCGGAGUCUUCCUCGAGGACUUGGCAGUCGUCACUGCGGAUUGGCGCCAGAACUGCCUCAUCAUUGCCGCCGGGCUUUGUUAUUCCUGUUAUCACAGCUUCCUGGCCAACGUGAGCUACGUGUUGGAGGAGGGGCAUGGCAAGGGUCUGCCCGCCACCUGCGUGGUGAUCGCUGGGGUCAUGGCCUUCAUGUAUGUGGUGACUCAGGUGCAGAGCUACUUUCUGGACGGCUCAGUGAUGGAAGUCGCCCGAUGCGCUAUGCUUUGCACGCUGCCCGCAGUGCUGCUGGACUUUGUUGCUGCCGGGCUAAGUGUGAGGAGCCUUUGGGGAUAUUUGGUGCCUACGGCAAUCCAUGUGAGUCUCAUCGCGAUGCCCGUGAUGUCGCUGCCGACGCUCUACAUGCAGCCUCUAGAGAAGGUGGCGGGCCUGGCGGCCUCAAUGGAGGUGGUCACCGCCGGGGUCCUCUCCUCCGUCUGCUCGGUGCUCAGCACCGAGGCCCUGAUCUACGCCGGCCCGGCGCGAGGAAGGACGCGGAGAAAACCAACUUCUUUUGUGUUUGCUUUCUUCCGUGUUUUUUCCCCCCCCCCCCCCCCCAUAUUUCGUUUUUCGUUCUUUUUGGCCGCCGCGAAAGAAAGGGAAGACAAACAGGAGAGCGGCGAAGACGUCUGACCGGCGGAAAGUGUUUGGAACGUGUUUUUUUGUUUUGUUUGGUUGGGCGAAAACCCAACGGCACGCCGUCAAAAACAACCUAUGCUUCUUCGGUUUCUUGGGUCCGAGAAAGAGGAGGCCGUCAUACAACACAGCGAGACGUGAGCGGCGCAGUCGCGAGGCUGGCAUCGUGCUUUUCCAGGGCGCUGUGACCUUCUCAGCCGUGCUGAUCUUCUGGCUGGGCCAAGGGAUAUGGAGCCGGGGCCAGCGAUGCACUUGAGGAAAGAGGAAAAC